AUGGUCAAAUUAUGUGUUCUUUGUGCAAAAAACAGAGCAGUAUUGAAACGACCCAAGACUGGCCAACAGAUCUGUCAAGAAUGCUUUUUUUAUGUCUUUGAAACCGAGAUUCACCAUACGAUUCAAGAUACCCAACUGUUUAAAAGAGGAGAAAAGGUUGCUAUUGGAGCAAGUGGCGGAAAGGAUUCAACUGUCUUGGCUCAUGUUAUGAAAACGUUGAAUGAUCGGUACGAUUACGGACUGGAUCUAUAUUUAUUAUCUGUCGACGAAGGCAUCACAGGCUACAGAGACGACUCCCUUGAAACAGUAAAGCGCAAUCAGCAACAAUAUGAACUUCCCUUAAAAAUAGUUUCAUACCAAGAACUUUAUGGUUGGAGUAUGGAUGAAAUUGUGAGCGAAGUGGGAAGAAAGAACAAUUGCACUUACUGUGGUGUAUUUAGACGACAAGCGCUGGAUCGUGGUUCAGCCAUGUUGGGAAUUAAACAUAUCGUGACAGGACAUAAUGCAGAUGAUAUAGCAGAAACUAUAUUGAUGAACAUCUUCCGUGGUGAUAUUGCUAGAUUAGGAAGAUGUACAGAAAUUGUUACUCAAGGUGAAAGUGAAAUCAAGCGAUCAAAGCCAUUCAAGUAUACAUAUGAGAAAGAAAUCGUCAUGUAUGCCUACUUUAAAAAGCUUGAUUACUUUUCUACUGAAUGUAUAUACUCUCCUAAUGCCUAUCGUGGAUACGCUCGUACGUUUUUGAAAGACCUCGAGUCAGUCAGACCUAGUGCUAUUAUAGACAUCAUACAUUCUGGUGAAGCAUUUGAAAUCAAAUCAGAUACAAAGAUGCCUACUUCCAUGACCUGUACUCGUUGUGGAUACAUGUCUUCUAACUCUAUAUGUAAAGCAUGUAUGCUCUUGGAGGGUCUUAACCGUGGAUUACCACAGAUGGGCAUUGGCAAACAAUCAAAGGCAGUAAGUGAUUUCUUUUGA